CUGUUCAACCAUUCCUGUCGGCUUGAAUACAUCCAUCUAUACAACUAUACCCACAACUGUUUAAUCUCUGAACUGUCACUCAACUAAAAAUCUAACAUCCCUCAAAAGCAGCCAGCUAUUACUGUUCCUGCUGCCCUCAACAAUGCGACAGUCACCGCUGCCGCCGUUAGAUCAGCCGUGGUCUUCCACCUCCGCCAGCCCCUGACCACCGCCGAUAACCUUAACCCACAUACUCAUUUGCUCGCUCGCAAUGUCAUCGUCUCCGCAGUACCCUCAGGCAUUCGAAUGGCACUUCACCGCUUUAGAUGACCACAACUUCGAGAUCCAAGGCCGCACGCUCUUCCUCGUCGUGGUCCUCUUUUCCGUCAUCCUCCUCCUCACCCUCCUUUUCCUUUACGCGCGCUGGGUCUGCCGCUACCGACACUACAUCUCCCACGCGCAGCCGUCGCCUCCGCCGCCGCAUCGGUCUCGUGGGCUCGACCCCUCGACAAUCAAGAGGUUGCCCAUAACCUUACACCGGCCAUCGGAAGCUCCGAACUCGGGGGGACAGGCGGAGUGUUGUAUAUGCCUCGGCGUGUUCGAAGAUGGGGACAAGGUCAAGGUUUUGCCGCUGUGUCGGCAUUAUUACCAUUCCGAGUGCGUUGAUAGGUGGCUGAGUGGUCACUCGAGUUGCCCGUUGUGUAGAGCCUCUGUCCUGGUUGACACUCCGGUUGGCUUGGCCAUUCCGCAGAUUGUUGUGGAAUGAACCUCCAAAACUAGCUCUCUUGGUGGGUUAAUUGUUUUGUGUAAUUAUAUAUUUUAAGCCAAUUAAAGGUUUGUCAAGCAUUAGUGUGCUAUUGUUAAUUAUAUUUGGCACUAUUAACUUCU